UAAGAUAUACGAGGAGAAAAUGGGAACUUUCUUGCAUUUUAAUAUGUUAUGUGUUCUUCUGUUAGUAGACUUUGGACAACCAAACCAUGAAAACGCAGAUUAUAUUGAUCCCGAAGAACCACCAGAUGAUCACCUAACGCGUCCCAAUAUGGAAUAUGCCAAUAGUGAUGAUGAAGUGACUGUCGCUUAUGAAGAUCACAAUGAAAGUCAUGAUCAUAUAACAACGAUUGGUAGUACUAAUAAAUCAGAUGAUCAAAAUGACUUAUCAACUGAGAUUGAUAUUGAGGUGUACGAUGAUCAUUUAACAACUGAAGCGGAAAGUUCUGAUGGAAUCAAAGUGCAGCGAAUGUUAGAUGUUUUAAGUAACGGCUUGAUGAAAACCUAUACAGAUGAGUUGGAAUUGGAUCAUGAUCAUAAUGAUCCACAUAAUGAUUAUCAAAUCGAAGAUCGAAUAGUUCGCUAUGCAAUGCAAAAGUGGCAUGAAGAAAUUUGACAUCUUAAGUCUUAAGUGUAAAUAAAAAGACUUUACUGUUUUACUUCAA